AUACGGUCAGCGAUGUGGUCAUGUACUGGAAGCCAACACCAGUGCGUGGUGUGGAAGACGCAGAACUGCCCCAGUUCACUAUUAUUGGUUAUGAAACAAAUGAUCGGAAAGAGCGGCUCGCCACUGGAGUGUAUCAGCGCCUGUCCCUUUCAUUCAAAUUGCAACGAAACAUCGGUUAUUUUGUAUUUCAGACUUAUCUUCCUAGCAUACUAAUCGUCAUGCUGUCAUGGGUUUCAUUUUGGAUUAAUCACGAGGCGACAAGUGCAAGGGUUGCUUUGGGAAUUACCACGGUGCUGACUAUGACAACGAUCAGCACUGGCGUUCGUAGUUCAUUGCCUCGAAUAUCUUAUGUAAAGGCUAUUGAUAUCUACCUUGUGAUGUGUUUCGUAUUCGUCUUUGCCGCGCUUCUUGAAUACGCGGCCGUUAACUACACGUACUGGGGAAAACGAGCAAAAAAAAAGAUAAAGAAACUCAAGGACUGUGAUCGACAAAAGAUAGGUAAAUGUGAAAGAUCUGUAACGUGUUCAACGACAGAAGACAUAAUUGAGCUUCAGGAUGUACGCAUGAGCCCCAUACCUUCGUUACGGAAAAGUAAUUAUAAUGCGACUAUUGGCUCUAUUGGCACCGAGACCUUAAACUUGGCCAAGUUUCCGCCAAGUUUUCGAAUUACGCGCAACUAUGGCACUGCACGUAACCAACUGCGACAUCGUUCACAGAGGGGAAUCUCAACUAGACCUCGCAUGUUGCAUGCAAUAAAAAAAAGCGCAUCUGCCAUCAAAGCCACUAUACCGAAGAUCAAAGAUGUGAACAUAAUUGAUAAGUACUCGAGGAUGAUAUUUCCUAUCAGUUUUCUUGCAUUCAAUCUUGGAUAUUGGUUAUUUUACAUAUUGGAAUGAUAGAGUGCAUUUUUUUGCGCAAACCGACGUUUUCUCAUUUACUUGGGGGUCAAUAAAUGUUUAAUGAAUAACACUGUAAUACACUGUAAUAAAAAAUACUUAGCACGAGAUAAAAAUUAGGAUACAAUAUAAACCAAAAUUUUUGUUUUUAAUUUGGUGGCUGCGCAGUUUUACAUUUUUCAAGUCGGCAUCUACAGCUUUCUAUCACUAUGCAAAAACAUAUUUACGUUUCAAACCAAACCGAUUGUUUAUCGUUCAAUACCGUAAGGUACCCACCCAACAUACCAUUUUAUCUUUAACGACCUUUAAAACUCACAAUUUUAGUGUUUUUUAUGAAAAAACGGUCGUAUUUCAGUAACGGAAUUUAACGUUAAAUUUCAGCAUUAGAAAUUUGGUUCAAACGGCAUCACCUUAUAUGUACGUAUCAAAGAACAAAAAUAAAGCCCAAGAAAUAAUUUGUAAAGCCGUUUUAUGGAAACGAACUAAAAAUUAAAUGAAAGGCUAUACAUUUAUUUAACAAACCAUAAUUAUAAUGAAUAUCAGGACUUUAGAUGUCGAAUGAAUAUUAUGAAAUUCCAAAAAGUCACCAAAAGCAGGUUUUCAAUUUUUUAAAAAGAUUUUGCCGGUAUAAGCCAUUAUCCCAAGUCCCAAAAAAUUGCCAAUUAACGUCGAAUCGCAAAUUGGCAUUCUCCGGUCUACGCAAAUCGUUGGAUAUUAACAAUUUAAAUACAGUUGGUAAUGAGCUUUCAAAAAUGAACUGCACAUUGAAUACAUGUAUGUAUGUAAAUCCAAAUUUGUAUGGGCGGAAAAAAUUAUUAACCUACAUCUUUGCUUGUGUUUUAAAUUGAUAUAUCGUAUAAAUAAUUGGAAAUUUAUGUUAGCGUAUCUUUUAAUAUAUAAUAAAAUUAUUUACAAUCAAAUCAAAUAUAAUCACACCAAAACAACAAAAACUUGCGAUUACCCGAUGACCGAUAAAUAUCGAUAUCAAUUGUUGGCAGUAGCCACUGACAGAUGUCGUCUGUCCUUUCAUUCACAAGUUUUUUUUUUUUUUAUUUCAUAUAAUACGACUCCGAAAACGAAAUAAAUAUUUAACUACAAUAUUUUAAUUUCCAAAUAACAAAGAAAUUUUUUUAUUAAACUUUAUUAAGCUCUAUUGAUAAAAAGAAGUUGCAAAACCCGGAAUUCGUACGAAUUUUUCCAAAAUCGUAAUCACAAGAGAGCGAAAACCGGCUGCAUAUUCCAAGUUCGAAGUAUGUGGAUUUGAUCUACUCAACCAGGCAUACAAUUGUCUUGUGCAAAGUACAUUCCAAAAGUUUUACUUUGGCACACGGAGUUAUGGUUCAAAUUCAAACCUUAAUUCUAACCAUAAACCAGGAGCCCCAAACUUAUUGGAAGCAGCAAAUCUGAUUCCAUAGUUCUAUUGACUAUUUAUUACAUAUGUAUGUACAUACAUAGUGUAAUCGACUACCCCAGACCUCGGAUCCCGACCAGCACCUGUCGGCUACAUAGAAGCUAUCUAUGUGUUACAAAAGUUGUUAUAACCCUGCAGUACGGGUCAUCGAUGACUUAGCUGCUGACACGUCGAUGACCGCUUCACUACCCCCGAUGACAUAGUUGAUGACCGGCCAUACGCUGAGCUGUUUACUUUAACAUGGAGAUGUCAUCGAGCAUUGCCGAAAAAUCAUGCACUUAAUAAGCGAUGAUUUUUCACGAAAAAUCAUCCAUUUAAUAUAAAAAAGUAAUACAUUCAAUUGUUUAUUUUUCCAAUUAGUUUUAUUUAUUAAAAACUAUUAUUAAUUAUUGUCUAAGGAUGCCAGAGCUUUGUAUUUUUUGUCCCUUGCGCCCUUUUGAAAAUAGCUAUUCUUAAUAUUGUGAAUAGCCUUCCUAAUCACUUUAUCUGCUGGCUCGUUGGGUAUUUUCAUCUUCACCGCCACUGAAAUAAUAUGGAUAUGUUAAUUAGUUAAUUAUUAUGUUUUUUUAAAGUUUUUUUUUAAACCUACAUUCUACAUUCUUUAUUCUUCUUUUAUUCCCGAGAAUAAGAGAAGAAUAAAGAAAUAUAAUGUGAAUGCAGCGAAACAGCGGCAGCUCACGAACCUCGACCGCUGAAGCCUUCAAAUUUGUCAGAGUAUGGCAGCAGAGUAGUUUGCGAUCUAUUUAAUAAUAAUUUGAUGGUUGUUUAGUUUAAUAUGGUUUAUCGUAGCAAAUAGUAAAUAAAUAUUGCGGCAGAAAUAUAGCCAGAUUUAGUGAUUAUUUGGAACAUUAGAUCAAGAUGAUAAAGUCGAAUUAGAAGGGAAAAUA